CUUCUACACACUCAACCACCUCACCGCUGUCCAUCCGUCUCAGCUCACUUAUAAAAUUACUUCAAUUAGUUGUGUUUUCUUUUCUUUUCUGCCAACAAAAUGCCUCUAAAGUUUGAGCUGUGUCCCGGCAGAAUGAUCGGAGGAAACCAUCCGUGUUUCAUCAUUGCUGAAAUCGGACAAAACCACCAGGGAGACAUUGAGAUUGCCAAGAAAAUGAUCAAAAUGGCAAAGGACUGCGGUGCCGAUUGUGCCAAGUUCCAGAAGAGUGAAUUAGAGUUUAAAUUUAAUAAGCGUGCCUUAGAGCGCCCUUACACCUCCAAACAUUCCUGGGGGAAAACUUACGGUGAACACAAGCGCCAUCUGGAGUUAAACCACGAGCAGUACAAGGAACUGCAGAAAUAUGCAGAGGAGGUGGGGAUCUUCUUCACCGCUUCAGGGAUGGAUGAGAUGGCAGUGGAGUUUCUCCAUGAGCUCAAUGUGCCUUUCUUCAAAGUGGGCUCUGGAGACACCAACAACUUCCCAUAUCUGGAGAAGACUGCCAAGAAAGGUCGUCCCAUGGUGGUGUCCAGUGGGAUGCAGUCCAUGGAGACAAUGCGUCGGGUCUACAAGACGGUGAAAGAGCACAACCAAAACUUUGCCAUCCUGCAGUGCACCAGUGCCUAUCCUUUGGAGGCAGAAGAUGUCAACCUCAGAGUGAUCACAGAAUACCAGAAGGAAUUUCCAGAUAUCCCCAUUGGGUAUUCUGGCCAUGAGUCUGGAAUUAGUAUUUCAGUGGCAGCCGUAGCUCUCGGGGCAAAGAUCAUUGAGCGUCACAUAACUUUGGACAAGACGUGGAAAGGAAAUGACCAUGAAGCCUCACUGGUGCCCUCUGAGCUGUCGGAGCUGGUGCGUUCCAUCCGAUUGGUGGAGAGGUCGCUGGGCAGUGGCAUAAAGCAGAUGUUACCCUGCGAGCGGCCAUGCCAUGAUAAGCUGGGUAAGACAGUGGUGGCCAAAGUGAAGAUCCCCAAAGGAACAGUCCUGACUCUGGACAUGUUGACGGUGAAGGUGGCCGAGCCCAUGGGUGUUGCAGCCGAGGACAUCUUCCAGCUGAUAGGCAAAUCCGUGACGGAGGACGUGGAGGAGGAUGACAGCGUUGCGCCAGAUGUGGUGGACAGCUACGGCAAGAAGAUUAAGUCCUGAGGAUGGCAGAGAGGUUUGAAAAUGGUACAAAAAGGCACUUUAUUUGAGAGGAAUGUAAUUUAUUUCUCUGGGAAAAGUUUUGAGGAGCUCAAGAUGACACAUGUAUGUAUGUGGUAAUUUUUUUCUUGACAGUUUGAAUAUUAUCAUAGCUUUUUCUUUCUUUCUUUCUUAAAGCCACCCUUAAAUAAUACACUAAAUGUUCAACAAACAGGUCCUAUAAAAAAACUAGCAUCAUCUAACAAGAUUCUCAGCAGUAGUUUGAGCUCUGUGGUCUGUAUUCAGGCAGGGCAUUGAGAGGUGGCACUAAAGCCAGUUGUCAUUGUUAACUAAAGAUAUUUUGCACUGUAAUGGUCUUACACGCUGUAGAGAUUAAAAGAAUAUUGAACACAUGGAGGUAAAGCUCCUGGUUAGAUCACAGUCAGUUCUUCUUAUACAGACUCAGUACAUUGUCGUGAUUGUCAGCUGGUGUCAGGAUGCCUCUAGUCCUGUGUGUUGAGUUUGUGCCUGUGCGGCUUCUCUGACACUAUUGGAGCCAGAUGCCGAAAAACUCGGAUUAAAUCAGGUUAAAUAGGCUUAUUAGUGAAGAAAGAAAUGUGCGCAUGUUGUGUGCUUUCAAAUUUUCAAGCCCUGUGUAUGCAUUAUUUUCUUCCAUGUUUCAGUCAUAUACCUGUCUCCUCCUGCCUUUGGUCUGGCAGUAACACCGUCCUGUAAUCAUAACUUUGGGAUCAAGGAUGUUAACGCACAUUAAUUUGUGAAAAUCUGUUGAAAUCUAUGAUGUUCUGAAAAGAUAAAGCCUCCAAAUAAAAUGUUGCCAAAA